GGUGUGGGAAAUGAAAAGCGAGCAUGGUUUAUAAAAGACGAGGUGGUUCAUUGAGUGAUGGGUUUGAAAAAAAAAAAUCAGAGAGCUAUUUGUGGCCUGUUGCUUCGCAGACAGACACAGACAGAACGGCAUGGAGACACUUCUUUUUCUAUUUCCUCAAUUCAACUACAUGGCCCCAAAGGAGGAAGCGUAUUUCAGAAUGCUUGGUCCAGAGGACUUGCAUGCACUAAAGAUGAAGGACGAUACUAGCAGACAGAAAGACAAGGAGAGGAAGAGCCGACUAAGCCUUUUUCUCACCAAGUCAGGCUCUCAUGAAAACGUCAGUCCCCAUAAAAAGACAAAUACGACAUCCAGCAACAUCACUCCAGAGGCCGCUUUGCAAUGGAGCGACUCCUUUGAAGAGCUGCUGAAGCACUCAGAUGGGGUGGAAAGCUUCUCUCAGUUCCUCAGGACAGAGUUCAGUGAGGAAAACAUUGAGUUCUGGUUGGCCUGUGAAGAAUACAAGACCAUUGAUUCUGAGACGAAGCUGCUGUCCAAAGCCAAAUAUAUUUAUGCGGUUUAUAUUGAAUCGGAGGCCCCUAAAGAGGUCAACAUUGACUACAACACCAAGAUGGCCAUUCAGAAGGUCAUAGCACAGCCCACAAAGAGCUGUUUUGAAGCAGCCCAGAUGAAAGUCUACAGCCUGAUGAAAAAGGACUCCUACCCCAGGUUCCUCCACUCUGACAUUUAUCUGCGUCUCACCAGGAGGAAAGGCCCCGGGGCCACCAUGUUUCGCAGAAGGUCACGCUCCUGUGUAUUCAACGACAGAGGCGAGGCCACAAACGAACCUACAGCCUGGUAGUGGUAAUUGCUAAGACGCUCACUCUGUAAAUGAUUAUAUUAAUAUAUAGGAGAUUAUCCAUAAUUAGCAGCAUGAUUAUUGAAACUUAAUGUGUUGUGCAGAGGCUUAUUAUCCACAGGUUUGCUUCUGCAGACAGUGUUAUUUUUUCAUAACCACAGGGGUCACUUUGGAUUAUUUCUCAUACUUAUUAUCAUGGCAGCUUGGCAAUGGUUAACAAUUAUAAAUAGUUCGACAUUUUGGAAAAUACACUGAUUUACUUUCCUGCAAAGAGUUAGAUGAAAUUUUUUAGACCAAUUUCAUGUAAAAUAUGAUGCACAGUUUGCCUAUCACUACUCAAUGAUUUGACAAUGACUUCUUGGAGUCUUCUCUCACAGUGAUGACAAGACCCCAGCAAGUUACUACAACUGACCAAGAAAUAGGCCAUCACAUUAUACCCUGUAAAGCCAUAAUUUGUAAUUCUUACACUUUUGCACACAUUAAGCCCUACUUUCAGUCUUUAUGCUAAGCUCCGUUAACCGGCUGUUGGCUGUAGUUUAGUAGGCUAAAUAAAAAUCUACCGCCAGAAGCUUAUUAGCUUAGCUUUUUCUAGAGACUCAUUGUGAGGUUGUCAGGCAAACAGGAGAGAUGUUGAAGAUGAUGAAGUCCUCAUGUUCACACAACAGCGCGUACUGUUACGAUGGUGAGGAUUAGGUACCAAAGGCACCGAUGGUUAGGUUUAGGCAAAAGAGGCAUAUGGUAAGGUAUAGAAAACACACACACGCACACACACACACACACACACACACACACACACACACACACACACACACACACAAAAGUCACUCUAUAAGCCCACUCACGUUUCAUAUGUUACAUGGUUACCGGCAGUGUUAUUACCUGACACUGUCCUUCAAUGUUUCAGGCGCACGCAACUGAUUUUUUCCAGCUGCGUUAUCCUCUGAUGCAUCUGUGCAUGUUGCAUGUAAACACGGAACGUGGCUUUAGGCGUCACAGUCCUACACUUGGUCAGUGACCUUACGCGUAAGAGUGGGACGCCUAAAGCCACGCUCCAGGUUCCCAGUGACAAUGGGUUGAACAUUGAGGUGCAAAGAAUAGCAAAAAAUAUAGCUAACAGUAGGUGCAAAAUAUAGAAAACAAUAAGUAUGCUCAUAGGUUUUUGCAUAGAUUAAACAAAAAAGGUAUAACAUGUUAAUCAGUGAUCUUUAGAGGUGCUGUAAGAAGGAGUUUGUAAUCAUAGGACUGAGCCAGGCAAGCUGUUUCCCUCUCUUUCCAGAUUUAAUGCUAAGCUAAACUAACCAGUCAAAUGUAGCUGCACUUUACCCUCAAACUGGUCAUUAAGUAAAGAGCUAGAGUCAGGAGGUGGUUAGCUUGGCUGAGCAUAAAGACUGGAAGCAGAGAAAACAACUAGCUUGGCCCUGUCCAAAGCUUAAAAAUAUGCCGUGUGUAUAACUAUUUCUUGAUAAAAACACCCAACACUUCCAUGACACGUCUUGACGCCUGGCAACCUCACCGUGACCACAAGACUCUGGGAAGUCUUUUUGCCCACCAGUAAAUGGAUAUAGCAAGUACAAAUAAAACAAAUAAGAUGCAAUGUGUAGUAAGCUUUAGGCCUUCUAGCUCUAGCUUGAACACGUGAGGAGAUUAAUCUUCUCAUCUUCUUAUCUCUGCAAGAAAGUGAAUAAGCAUAUUUCCUAGGAUGUCAAACAACACAGCUGGAUAACAGCAGACGCAAACAGCCUUUCAGCAAUAAAAGAUGAAGUUCAGAAAUGUUAUGAGGCCACAACUUUAGAGCCAUGUGGUUAUCUGAAAAUAAUGGACACCCUCUGGCCAAUCAGAACCGAGUGUCCUCUGUGGCUGUGGUAUAAAACCAGAGAAUUCAGUUUGCACUUGUGGAACAACAUCACUUUCUCGGAGGCACUGCGCUGCUUGUGGAUUGAACUUUUAUUUAUGAUUUUUUAAAAUUUCCUAAAAUCGUGAAGCAAAACUUGACCAUAAGUAAGGCAGUUAGAGACAGAAUCUGAAGAGCCGCCACGCUGCUGACAGCAUGCAGCCAGCCGUAAAGGUGGCCACACUGAGGGCACUGGCCUGCCCUAAGAAACAGUACACUUGAUUUGCUUUGUCAAUCCAGCAGAAGUACCUUAAAUAACCUUGAUACAGCUGAUAUGGCACACAAGUUAAUUUGACCAUAUCUCAUUAAAACGGAUUCAUGAUUUUUAUCCCUCGCACUGUCCAACCCCCUCCAGACUAACUUGCAGUGAAAGCCUGCAGCCACGGUGACUGCAAAGCACCGAAACUUUUUAAUGAGGGAUACACUAGAUCUCUAAUAUGAAUUCAAAUGUAUCCAAUUUUCACACACAGACAAUGCAUUCAUCUUAUUUGAAUACUAAUAUGACUUUAUAUUAAUUAUGAUUGCUGUUUUUCAGUUCGCUACCAUCUAAUAUAAUUUAUGUAUAUGCUCAUAUGUGUGCCUUGCUGUUGUAAAAUGUACAUACUGAACUUGAAUAAACACUUUCUUAUAGGA